AUGAAUCAAUCCGAGCCCGAUCCAAAUGCUCUAUCAAAUCCAAUAGGAGAUCCAUUGGUUGAUCCUAGUUUAGGACUCGAUAGUGUCAAAAUCAGACCAAAAAGAAAAAUUGCCAAAAUUGACAAUGACAGAAUACUAUACAAUAAAAAGGGUAUACCUUAUCUAGUGAAAAAUCAUCAAAGAUUAAACAGAAUCAUAGCCAAAAAUGACAAGGAAUUUCAAAAACUGGAACACAAUAAAGCACUGGUUAACAGAAAUUAUAGAACCCCAACUCAACUAAAGUAUGAUCACGAGUACUCCAAUUUGACUUCAAUUUUGCAAUUUUAUCAAUUAUGGUGUCAUGGUAUGUUCCCAAAAGCUAAUUUCAAAGACUGUGCAUAUUUAAUCAGAUCUUUGGGUCACAAAUCUUCACAACUUAGAUUGUAUAGACGCGAAUUAAUUGAUAAGGAAAUUCAUAAAUUAAAAGUUUCAAAGGGAAUAAUUGAUGAAAAUAGUCAAAAUAAAGAUAAUAAUAAUAAUUUAGAUCUUGAUGAUGAAUUGUACUCUAUUCCUAGAGCAGAUGGUGUAAAUGAUAAUAGCGAACUGACUUCAGGAACAACUGCUGUAACGACAAACGAAAGUAAUGAUGUGUUUUUUGGUUUUAUGGAGCAGGAUAAGGGGAAUGAUGAGCGACCUGCAGCCAACACUAAUAUGAAUCAGGUUGAAAACGAUGAAGAUAAACAUCAAGAUAACGAAGAUCAACUGUUACCACCAUUAAAUUCUACCAAUGAACAGGAUGAUGAAUUCAGCGACAAUGACAAUGACUUUGACGACGACGAUGAAGAUAUUAUUCUUGCUGCCACUAGUCAUAAACUGACACAUAGAAUUGUCGAGGAAGAGGAACUACAACCUACACAGCAAGAAAUGGAUGAUAUGGAAAUGGAAAUGCAAUCAAGGAGAGAAAAGGAAUUACAAGAAUAG